GACCUCCUCCGUGUCACAGUUGGCUUCUCUCCUUCAGUGCUUAAACUUAUAUACACCAGGAGGAUGCGCGCUCUUUUCUUAGUGCUGCUGGCGGUGGCAGGACCCUGCUUCACUGCCAAGCUCCCCACCAUCCCUGGCGUCCCUCCUGGCAGCGGUCGGCAGCUCUUCUCAGGAACCAAUGACCUUUUCUCUGGAGCGCAGGGCACAUUGGAUUCCUACUUGCCCCCACCCCGUGAGCCCUGCUUCCCCGAAACAAUUUACAGUACACAAUUCGUGACUGUCACCUCCUCCACGGUACGGACGGAGGGCAGAGUGGUGACCCAGUACACAACGAGGACUGUGCCCAGCACCAGGCUGCAAGUAUCCACCGUGUACUCUACCCGCGUCACCACUGUGGGUCUCCCCUCUACUAUCCGCACCACCAUUUUCGUUACCGAUGUGGUUACCCGCACCUCGACGGGCGUCACUACCCGCCCCGGGGGUGAGGCAACUGUCACCAACACCCGCACACAGGUGUCCACAAGAACCCAGUUCGUGACACGGACGUCCACCGUUGUGUCCACUGUGGGGCAGACCAAUACGCGCACAGAGGUGUCCACGACGGUGGUGCCCACCAUCUAUACCCGUACCCAGACCGUCACCAGAACACAGGUGGUGACGAGGACCCAGCCGGCCGUCACCAGAACCCAGGUAGAGACUCAAACAAGGACCUCCGUGGUGACCACCACCGUACCCGGCCAAACCAGCACCGUCACCAACACUCAGGUGUCCACCGCCUACGUUACCCGCACCUCUACAGUGCCGGGUCGCACCUCCACGGUGGUGUCCACAAGGGGAGUCACUGUCAGGAGCACUAUUGUGUCCACUGUAGUCAGCACCAGUGUGUUGACCCAGCUAGUGACUAGCACACAGACUCGGACCCUCACAACCACCCAGGUUAUCACACAGCAGGUGUCGUCCACAGUGGUCCGGACCCAGACUGUGCCCUCCACGGUGUUCACCACGAGGUACAGCACACAGGUGGUGCCUACUACUAUUGUCAGGCAGAGCACCGUCACCGUCACUGUGACGGAACAACGCCAGUUCCUCACCGACACCGUCACACGCACUGCCACCUCCACAGUGACCACUGGCGGUGACACCCGCACCACUCAGGUGGUGGACAUCGUCACCCGCACCAACGUGGUCACCACGACCGCCUUCCUUGACCGGCAGGUGACGGUGACCAGUACCACCAGCAUCCCCUGCACGACCAGCGGCGGUUACAACUACAACGCACCCGAUGUCGCCUUCAGCUUCCCUGGCUAAUGUAUACGACACAACCUCACCUGGCUGAACCUACCAGCUGCCUAUAAUGUCACAUUUAAACACCAGACAAGAAAUAAAGUUCGUCGUCACCAAGAAGCUAACCAUCAUGUACACACCUGUACACAUCUCUGUAUGCCAUCUAAAAUUAAAAUAUAAAGUAUACAAAACAAUAUUUAUUACACUAUUAAAGCCAUGUAAUAUAAGAUGACCAAGAGUUUAAACCAAUAGUUACAAAUAUUAAAUAGGAAAAAAAAAGUUUUUGCUCAAUGUAAUGACAAUAAAUGCUGAGUCACUCCCAACAUUA